AUGGAGCAGUACACUACCGCCACCACAUCUACUGGGGAACAGAUAGUGGUUCAGUCUGCUGCUGGGCAGAUCCAACAGGUAAGGAAGUGUAUGUAUGUAUGUAUGUAUGUAUGUAUGUAUGUAUGUAUGUAUGUAUGUAUGUAUGUAUGUAUGUAUGUAUGUAUGUAUGUAUGUAUGUAUGUAUGUAUGUAUGUAUGUAUGUAUGUAUGUAUGUAUGUAUGUAUGUGGCGUGUUUGUGUAUUGGAAGGGAGUUAAGAGAAAUGUACCUACGUAAGAAUGUUAAUGCCAUGAGUUUGGGCUAGGUUGUAGCUUUAUUCAUUGUGUGGUAAAAGUGCCUGGGCAUUGGCCAUAGUAGCUAGGUGUGUUAACUACCUUCAGCGCCUACUGAAGAUAGUAUCUUCUGGCCAGGGGAGUUUUGUCAAAGACUCCAGCCACCCUAGUCAUAGACUGUUCUCUCUGCUACCGCACGGCAAGCGGUACCGGAGUGCCAAGUCUAGGUCCAAAAGACUUCUCAACAGCUUCUACCCCCAAGCCAUAAGACUCCUGAACAGCUAAUCAUGGCUACCCGGACUAUUUGCACUGCCCCCCCACCAUCCUUUUUACGCUGCUGCUACUCUGUUAAUUAUUUAUGCAUAGUCACCCAACUCCUGAGUGGCGCAUUGGUCUAAGGCACUGCAUCGCAGUGCUAACUGUGCUACUAGAGAUCCUGGUUCGAAUCCAGGCUCUGUCGCAGCCGGCCGCGACCGGGAGACUCAUGGGCGGCGCACAAUUGGCCCAGCGUCGUCCAGGGUAGGGGAGGGAAUGGCCGGCAGGGAUGUAGCUCAGUUGAUAGAGCAUGGCGUUUGCAACGCCAGGGUUGUGGGUUCGAUUCCCACGUGGGGCCAGUAUAAAAAAAAAAAUAUAUAUAUAUAUAUAUAUGUAUUCACUAACUGUAAGUCGCUCUGGAUAAGAGCGUCUGCUAAAUGACAAAUGUAAAAAUGUAAAUGUAACUCUACCCACAUGUACAUAUUACCUCAACUAGCCGGUGCCCCCGCACACUGCACCGGUACCCCCCUGUAUAUAUAGCCUCCCUACUGUUAUUUUAUUUUACUUCUGCUCUUUUUUUCUCAACACUUUUUUUGUUGUUUUAUUUUUACUUUCUUUGUUAAAAAUAAAUGCACUGUUGGUUAAGGGCUGUAAGUAAGCAUUUCACUGUAAUGUCUGCACCUGUUGUAUUCGGCGCAUGUGACCAAUAAAAUGUGAUUUGAUUUGAUUUUGUUAAGCGCCCCAACACUCGUUCUGAACGUUAAAACGCAUCUCUUGCAGUAUGGUUUUGGAAACAUAAGGAACAUAUCAGCAAGAAGUAAAAUACAUUUAAAAAAAGGUUAAAUUACUACACCUUUUAUAGGGUUAGUGUUCCCACGUGGCUAUAUCUCCAUGUUACAGCGCUUCUUUACAGAAUACAGACGGAAGACGGAGGCGGCCACCUGUGCUUAUUAGCUAUCUAGCGUGCUCGGAACACCUGUGUGUAAGAGGUUCGUCAAUUUGAGGCACACACAGUUUAUGGAUCUGUGUAAAACUGCUACAGUAAGUGUAUUUUUUAUUUGAAAGAUUAUUUAUCGCUGAUAUGAAAGAUUAUGGGCAUAUCAGCAUGUUUCGAAAACCGUUUCCCAAGCGAUGAUUAUUGACAUUUUUAAACUUUAAAACACAGUGUCAGAAUUUUAGUUCACACGCAGCCAACCGUGGAUGACGCUAACUGCUGAAAACCAUACGGAUCAGGGUUUUAGAGAGCUGUGUGCGGGUGUAGUUUUGUCUGUGACACUGAUCUCUGGCCCAGGGCACAGUGACUGCGGUGCAGUUGCAGGCUGAGCCCAAGGCAGCCACUUGCACAGGCCAACACGUUCAGACACUCCAGGUAGUGGUGGGACCGCUGAGCCCCUACCAUGUCCCUACCCCAUUACCCAGCUUGUCUCCCUGCUGGUGAUGCUUUGACUCAUAACCCGCAGUCCCCGCGGUUAUAUCCGCGAGGUGUGUGGGUUUAGGAUCAUACAAAUAUUGUGUGGCUGAAGGGUGGCAGGCAGGUUGAAUAAAGAGAAAACAACACCUUAAAAAAUUCAAAGGUAUCAUUCUUGUGCAAUUUACUUUGUAUAGGCUACAUUGAGGUUUUUCAUUCAUUAUUUUAGGCUAUCUGGCAUUAGUGUGUAUGCCUAAGCUUUAGGGCCUAACUGUAAGCGCGCCAAAUAGCCUACACGUCAGUCGCCAAAUGCUUUUGGGAACUGGCAGAAAAAGUUAACGUCGAUCCACAGAGGCAAAAAGGACUAUCUCUGAGUUUAAUUCAAUAAGAGAAAAGCUGCAAAAUGGAGAGUUUAAAAUAAAGAGAAGGGAGGGACAGAAAAGUUAUGUUUGGGAAAGAUUUGGUGAAGUGGUAAAAGAGGAAGAUAGCAGCAUAUGUUAUGUGUGAUGAUUGUGAAGCGAUAUACAAAUUCGACAGUCAAAAGACGGGACUUCAAAUAGGCCUAUGGCACAUCAAGGGAACUGUAGCCUACUGUUCAGAUGGGUUAAAUGGAAACUGAAAUCUGGACACUGACUGUAGGUCUAUAACCUCUCACAUAGCCUUAAUAUGAACUCAAUUUCUUGCAGUAAAAUGAUACACCAAAUGUAGGCUACGUUUGGAGAAAGUGGAGAAAUAUGAUUUCAUUCUUUCAGCAUCUUGAGAGAAUGUGAUUGCGCAGUUAGAUACGGUCUGUAGAGGUUCUGGCUUUAUCAGCAUCAUAAAAGUUGAUAGUAUUUCGACCACAUAAAAUAUGCAUCCAAGCCAAACUGAAAUCUUAUCAGGAACAUGUUGGGUUGUUUUGACAGGUUUCUAUUUCCUUACAACUGGUCAAACUGAUGUCAUAUGGACAUUUUGCACGGAAAAUCUUUUCAGUUUUUUUUUGUUAUUGCAUUUUCUCUCCAGUCCCUAAACGUCUUUGCUCCACGAAAUAACUUUACCGAUGUCAACUAGAUUGAAGCAUACAUUCUAUCGAUUUAUGACAUUAUUCUGGUGAGCAAGGGUUUAUUUAGUCUUCUAGGGAAACAUUUAAUGACAGAAGAGAAGCUGCAUUAUAAUUAUAGACAAGUUGACUAACAAAUAGCCUACCAAAAUGUUGGAAAUUAUAAGCAGAAACAUAUCUAAAUCAGGCAAAAAAAAAUCCUGAACCCCCUGUCAAAAAAUAGUUCUGAAAUCUCUGACUGUAGGCUACAGAGCAUUUUUUUAAAUGCGGGUUAGAUAUUAUAUAUUAGCGGGUAUAUAAAUAUUAGCGGGUUAGAUUCGGGUGUGGACCGCAGAUUUUCACCUUAUCACAUAUAGUUGGGUGGAUGGGUUAUUAGCAAUUGCGAGCGGGUGUGGGUGAACAAACCGCUGACCCGCGUACCACUACUCCCUGCAUGUCCCCUCAUCAUAUACUCUAGCCCCUGGGCCUCACUGCUACACUACAGCCACCUGUGAUCGUAGUGUCAUCAUGAGUUGCUGUCAGCCAGGCUGCAAAACUCCAUGCAUGUCACUCCAAUAUCAAUCAUGUUGUCUGCAUUGUCAAUGGUGUUAUUCUCACAUUGUCCAACAGGUGGUACAGUUAUACCACAAUCAAGUCAUGAAUCCUAUGAUAUGUGUAUUAUUUUGUAACCUACUACAAUAUUCUGAGCGGCAUAACAUUCUCUCCUUGCUGGGUUUAUGAUUGACCAGACUCCUACAUUGCUUUUUCAAAUCUCAAGUAAAUAUCCAGGUGAAUAUAGCAUACACUGAAAUUACAGUAUGCUCAGACCCUAUUACGAUUCCCUUCUUGUCAUUUGUGUUUUCGUGUGCGCUCAUUCAGCAUCUUGUGGAGAUCAAACUAGCUCCAAGAAAAGGUUCAUUGACUAUCACAGCACCAUGUUGAUCUUUUUGUGGCCCUCUGGCCUGUUUUGUUCUGUAACUGUUCCUCAAGGCUACAGGGUUGUCUGUCUGUGGUCAACAUGUGCUGCAUGGAAGCUCUGCUGUGGCACGUAGAAUGAUCAUUAUGCAUUGUUGCAGUUCCACUAGAGAUAUCUUGAAUUAACCUCACUCUCCUUUCCUGUCCAUGUCUCUUUUACAUUCUGCCACCUUCCUUUUUCCUGUCUCUUUCACUCCUUCCUUCCUCUCUCUCUCCCAGGUGCAGGGGCAGCCUCUGAUGGUGCAGGUGAGCGGUGGUCAGCUCAUCACCUCGUCGGGCCAGCCCAUUAUGGUCAUGGGGGGGCAGGGGGGGCAGGGGCAGACCAUCAUGCAGGUGCCAAUGUCUGGAGCUCAGGGGCUCCAACAGGUGACUGAACUGUUGUACUACUGUACACCACACCUAUCUGAAAGCUAGCAAAUAUGCCUCUCUAACAAGAUAUUACUGAACGAGAUAUGAUAAAGCAGACUGGCUGAUUAAGACUGUCCUGCUCUCUGCUGUAGAUCCAGCUUGUGCAGCCGGGUCAGAUCCAGCUCCAGGGGGGACAGACUCUACAGGUUCAGGGUCAGCAAGGCCAGACCCAGCAGUUCAUCAUUCAGCAGCCCCAAACUGCUGUGACCGCAGGACAGAACCAGGUAUAGACACACACUCUUUAUACAAUAUUUGGGUCUACAAUGGAACACAUUUACGUAGUUUCCAUUGUUUAGUUGAGGCCCACUUGUAAUUUUUGAUGUAAAGAGCUGUAAUCCAUAAAACAUUAUGGACACCAUAGAAACCCACCACAUUGUGUGGUGGAUAACUGGCUGGUAAUGAUUAUUGAUGUUUGUUUCUCAGGGCCAGCAGCAGAUUACAUUGCAGCCGGGGCAGCAAGUGGCUCAGACUGCAGACGGCCAGACCAUUGUGUACCAGCCAGUCAACGCUGAUGGCUCCAUUCUACAGCAAGGUAACACGUUCACACUCAUAGCUGGGAUCCUUACAUUGUCUUGAUGGAUGAUUAGUGUGCUGGCUAUUGUUCCCUCCUUUUGAUUAUCAGCUGAUUUAGAACUGAAUCAGUUAUGUGUGGCUGUAUGCAAAGUGUUUCACAUUCCACUCUUCUGGAGCAAUAAUCUAUGAUAACAGAUUUUUACUUAACCCUUGUGCGGUUCCCUCAGGUAUGAUCACCAUCCCUGCCUCUAGUCUGGCUGGUGCUCAGAUCGUACAGGCAGGGAACAGCACCAACACAACCAACAGUAGUCAGGGUACAGUGACCGUCACACUGCCUGGGAACAUGGUCAACGCAGGCGGCAUGGUCAUGGUAAGGUCCCUAGUGAGAUUAAUACAGACCUGUUGGCAUGCAUGUGUGUAUGCUAUGCAUCAGUCUGACCCGUGUGUGUAUGUGUUAGAUGGUUCCUGGUGGCGGUGGCACUGUGCCCACCAUGCAGCGUAUCCCCCUGCCGGGGGCAGAGAUGCUGGAGGAGGAGCCUUUGUACGUCAACGCUAAGCAGUACCACCGCAUCCUGAAGAGACGGCAGGCCCGCGCCAAGCUGGAGGCAGAGGGAAAGAUCCCCAAGGAGAGGAGGGUGAGUGCCUGUGUGAGCACGAGUAGAUGUGUAUAUGUGUGAGGAAGAGGAAAUGGUGUGGGCAAUAAAGGAUGUGUUUUUGUUGAGUGUUUAUGUGCUUGUCUGUGAGUGUGGUUUUACUCGUCCCUCAGAAAUACCUGCACGAGUCUCGUCACAAGCACGCCAUGGCGAGGAAGAGGGGUGAUGGCGGACGCUUUUUCUCGCCGAAGGAGAGGGAGGAGAUGGCUCUGGCCAUGCAGGUGAGGAGGGCUCAGGGCGCCCUCAAACAAGAGGACGUGUUCGGAGGUCUUGAACUCAACUCUAAUUGGCAAUCUACUUCUGUUGCCUCCCUCAGCUAACCAACAAGUAGCAGCCAUUUCCACCCCUCACUCUGUCACAUGUCCACUGCAGCCAUUAAUUUCCCCUGCAGUCUUAAAACAGUCAUCCUUGCUAUCUUUGUAUGUUUUUAUUAUAUCGGUUACCUCAUAAUUUUAUAUCAAAGAAUAGUAUUGUUUUUUACAAGUUAUGUAUUUUUUCAGUAUAUAAAGGGGGUUGCUUUUAUAUGCGGGCAUAUUUUUAAAAAACAUUAAAGAAACAAACAUUUUUUGUUAUUUUGAGGUAUUGCAGCCACUUGAUUCCUAACCACCUCUCUGGCAAACCAUGCUGAGUUCUAAAGCUUGUUCUUUUACAUAGAGCUGUACAUACUGACCAUAGGAGGCUGCUGAGGGGAGAACGCCUCAUAAUAAUGUCCAGAACAGAGCAAAUAUAAUGGCAGCAAACACCUGGAAACCAUGUGUUGGAUGUAUUCGUUACCGUUCCACCAAUUCCGCUCCAGUCAUUACCACGAGCCCAUCCUCCCCAAUUACGGUGCCACCAACCUCCUGUGAUACUGACUUAGUAAAAUGUUCUCCAAUGUCAUUUGAAAUGUGUUUUUACUUUGUGUGAGCUCUUGUUGCAAACUGAAGAAUGUUUGAAUGUUAAUGUUGUUGUUUUUGUCCAGUGUUGCUUCCUUGCUGUGUUGUCUUGUUGAGCUUGUACCAUGUUGUAGUGUAAACCUCUCUGCUAACACCUGUGUUCAUUUAACAGCUGCAGGGCUAGGAUGGGAGUGGUUUAAAGGUACUGUAUGAAUUUAACACAAGAUCACUAUAAAAAAAUAAAAAAUAAUCCUAACCUUUGUCAAUGCUGCUUCAUAUUAUGAAUGUCUUGGAUCAGACCCACCCUUCAAUGUAGGAUGAUUUAUCCUAUUAUCCUAAUUUUAAAUAUUAAACAUGGUGCUAUACAUCCAACCAUCCUUGGAGAAAGAGCAAGACACACCAACGCUGAGCAUUCAGUAUUUAUACACCCAUUAAGCCUGAAUUUGCAGCAGUUUUAUUUAUGCCCACACAAGGUUUAUUGGGAAGUUGGUAAUGGCUAACCACAUGUAACAGAUUAAGAGGCCAUGUGUGUGUUUUCUGUGUAUAGUGUUUGUGUAUGAUUCCUGUUUCUGUUUUCUAUUAGUUUUUAUGAUUGCUGCCAUUUUUCUGACACUGCCACCUGUCUCAUUGUCCAUCAUACACAUUUGUGAUGUGUGUGUAUACGAUUAAAAAUGUCUCUUUCUGUUGGUAUUGUUUUUAAUAUGAAUAAAGACCUGGCUUUCAAUGUUUUUUAAAUAUUUUUUUAACAUUACGGAAAAUCUGUGUUCACUAAACAAAAAACUAUUCAAAACUAUAAGAUGUUUGAAAAUGAUGGAUCUGAUAAAUUAAUAAAAUAUGAACCAGUUACUUGUAACAGCACUUCAGCACAUAAAUUAAUCCCUAUCUAAGACAUAAAACUGUGUAGCUCCUUUAGGCCUCUUGGUAUGAUGGGAAAAUGCAUUUUGACCAAUAACGUAGUAUCACCUCCCAGACCAAAUCCUAACAAACAUUAGUGAGCAUUUAGAUUAUGGUAUUGUCUGAUUGAAAUCUAACCCCCAGACUGGAUUAUACUACACUUUAGCUGCUUAUACCUGGGAGAGGCUCAUGUUGUUGUGGCAUGGUCAUUAAGCAGGCUGACUGACCAUUCCUCUUCCUCCAGGUACAGGCGGACCAACAACAUGCUGGAGAGGAGGCAGUCUGGCAGGUGAUCCGUGUGUCAGAACCUCUAGAAGCCCUGUGAGACGUGUGUUUGCUCAUGUGUUUGUCUCUCUGUGAGAAUGGUGGUGGGGGGUGGAAUAAGAUCAGAUGUCCCACACAUCAACCAGUGCUUUCCAACCAGUCCCAAGCGGCCCAAGUUCCCUGCCCAGAAGCCUGGUAGAGAGCAGGACAGACUGGGUGAAGAAGUUGCCAGCACACAGAGAUACUGCACAUACAGAUACUGUACAUCUUUCAAUGUCUCACUAUAACCAUGGUAACACUGGAGAACAAUUGGGCCCUUCUGGAGGAAGUGUCUUACAAAAAAGAUCAGCACAAGUUCUACAAGAAAGUUCCUUCCAAAGCAACCUUUACUUGUUUCAUGUCAGUUACUUUUAUCUCUGGAUGUGCCACAAGAACUUGAUCAAAAAACGCACAAUCCUAUAGGCCACAAGUCCAAAGUGGUUAUGAUAACCCUCUUCCUUUCCUGAUGCUCUUGAGAAAUAUGAAACUGUAGUUUCUCCUUUGUACAGAUAAAUUGUGUCCUCUGGUUCUUGAUGAUAUGUAACUAUCAUCACUUAUUUUAAGGCUUUUUCAGACGUGUUUUUGUAUCCUGUGGUUAUUCCAUUUGAAAAGGGCAAUAAUCAAAUGCUUAAUAUUACCUGAAUCAGUUUUUUUAAAAUCUUGGGUUGUAACAGUCUUGUAAGAAUGUAGAUGCUUUUUAAAGGAAACAGCAUUAGCAAAUGUUCUGUAUAUGUGUUAAGAACGCCUCUGAAAAUACAAUGAAUACAUUUUCCAACUUCCAACAUAUUUUGUAUUGGAAUUAAUAUUGCCAGAACUGUACUGUACACAUACACAUACACACUGCAUGAUUUAAAAAAAAACUUUAAAUCCAUA